AUGCGCUUCAAAAUUUGACGCGGUUAAGGCAGUUGGAUCUUAGAGGAAAUAACAUCACAAUUGUUGAGGAAAACUCUUUUAAAGACUUUGGUGGGAAUCUCAAAUUUUUGUACCUCAAAAACAACAGGAGCUGAAAUGGGUGAAUUGAAGGAAGCAAUUGGUAAUAUCGCUCAAACUGGACAUGCAGUCAAUUACCUUAAGUUUCGUAAAAAUUCAUUAACCAUUUUCCCAGCCUUUUUGUUAGACGGUCUUGAUGUUACCCAUUUAAUUGCUCACCAUUGUAAUAUAAGCUCAAUCGAAGAGACAGCCUUUAUUGGUUUAUCAGAUAAAGUUCCAACAAAAUCGUUAGAAAAGUUAACUUUUCUUGUAUCAUUACAUUUAAAUUACAACAACAUUCAAGUGCUUCAUUAUGGUGCAUUCCGUGGACUUAUAUCACUUCUCCGUCUUUCACUUUACGGUAACAAGAUAAAAACUAUUGAUCCAAACGUUUUCCAUGGGAUUGGAGGUAAUUUAACUCGAAUCAACCUUGGUGCCAAUCAAUUAACAUCAAUAGAUUCAUCGAGUUUCUUCAAUUUAACAACCCUUAAGAGACUUCAGCUCCAUGAAAACAGAAUAACUUCAAUAGAUGUUAAUACAUUUAAAGGUUUCUCUGCCUCUGAUAGUUUAGAUGCACUCAAUUUAGCUUCCAAUAAUAUCAAGGAAAUACCUGAAAAAUCUUUCCAAUCUUUAAGCUCACUUAAUUCACUUGCUCUUGAAAAGAAUCGCAUCUCAGCAAUCCAUCCAUUUGCAUUUCAAGGAAUUGAAGAUUCAUUGGAAUGGUUAACAUUAGGUGAUAACAUUUUAAACUCAAUACCCAGUUAUGCGCUUCAAAAUUUGACGCGUUUAAGGCAGUUGGAUCUUAGAGGCAAUAACAUCACAAUUGUUGAAGAAAACUCUUUUAAAGACUUUGGUGGGAAUCUCAAAUUUUUGUACCUCAAAAACAACAGGAUAAAAAUAAUUGAAACUGGUGCUUUUGACAAGUUAAUAUCACUCGAGUGGCUUUAUUUGGAUUCUAAUCAAUUGAUUAAACUUUCUCAUGAAACUUUUUAUCCAAUCAUUGAUUCACUCAAAGUCCUUGAUUUACAUGAUAAUCCGUUUGUCUGUCAUUGUGGUCUUGUAUGGUUCAGUGAAUGGGUUCGUGAUGAAGGUAAAUCAAUCGUCAAUAUGCCAGAUAAAACCGAAUGUCAACUAACCCCUGAUUCACCUAAAAAAAUGCCGAUUCGAGAAAUGAAAAGCAGUUUAUUGGAUUGUGUUAAUUUAGCAAUUCAACAAAAACCUGAAACAACAAUUUAUUUUAUUUUGUUUAACAUUGCUCACUUCUUGGUUGGAUACUUACAAUUGUAAAUUAUUCACUUGAAAUGUAAAUACAGUGUAUAUUUAAUGAGAAACAAGAAUGAAACAAUAAAAUUGCUUAUUCUAUUUUCAUUAA